AUGUCCCAGGUGGAUAUAAGACCUUUAUAUCCUAUUCCGAUACAAAUCUCUCUGUUUGAGAACAGUUCCAAGACCUUAGACCACAAUCUUGAUAUGAGCCACCAUCUCGAGGGGCACGGCGAAGUCUUCAGGCCGUUAACUCACGAUCCAGCGAACAAGCGAGACCAAGUCACUGAAGGUCAAGACUAUCCAGACAAUAUGCGACUACCGAAGGCUCCGCAAACCCCCAAAGAGUCGAUCCUCGCAUUGGAGCAAGAUGUCAACUCCAUGAGGCGACUGUUUGACAUCAACGACAAUAUUUGCAACGUGCUAGGCUCUAUCCAACGGCGGCCUGAGAUUCAGAAUGAGGUGGCGCCCGCGCCUGUCAUCCAUCGUCUGCCACCCGAAGUUCUCUUCAUAAUCUUCGACACGUGGCGGGAAGUCGCUCUGGAGUUCUCAUCCCUCUGGACAGAUAUCGUGACCGGUUCAUCAUCGGCACUCACUUUUUCUCGGCGCGCGAAUGGUUUACCACUCACGGUGCACACCGAGAUCGUCGGCUCACGACUGUCCCCGGUACAAAACAAGGCGCUGUGGCGCUCGAAACCACGCAUUCGAAGGCUUAUCCUGCGACUACAGUCUCGAUUCGAGGUCAAGAUCUUCCGCAGCAUCUUGGCCGCGCUGGCUGGGACACUGGAGUCUUUGGUGGUUAUGAUAGGGAAGUCUCGUGCCUACCGGAACCGGGAUCGGGACUUCGACCCCCUCUUCCAAGGGUGGACCUUGUUCGAUGGAGUCAUCCCGACUGCGCUGAAGUCGCUCCUGAUUGUGUCCGAUCAGGCGAUUAUCCCUGCGGACAGUUGUCCCAACCUCCAGACGUUCACGCUCAAGACAUCAUGCUGGAGAGCACACUCAUCAACGCCAACUCUUCUAAUUCACUUUUUGUCCCAUGCACCCCUACUCGAAAAUCUUCGGUUGGACAUAGGUUGUUGGUUUGCCCAAGGACGGGACAUUGACCCACUUCCACUUCCGCCUCCUGCGCCCCUCUACCGGCUACGUAACCUUUCAUUCCGAAUGAGCUUUCCAGGUGUUGUCUGGUCCGACCUUGUAUCACCUGCGCCCCUCAGCUCUCCGCCGCUUACGCCUAUAACGAGCAAGCUGACGGAUGCGGUUGUCGACACCGUCCACCUGGGUGGCCUCAGCAUGCUCGUGAGUGGCAUGUCCCGUGCAGCUCCCCACUUGCAUGUCAGCUUGGUUGGUUUCCCUGGACUCGGUGGCAUGCCCGGAAGCGGGGUCCUAGGAUUCGGACUGUUGCCUCAGUGGCUGACGGAGAGCACGAAGACCCUCCGUAUCACCUUAUCCCAGAGCGGGCCUAACCUCCGUGGCACGCGGUCCUUCCUGUGCAUCCACGCAUUCCGUCUGCUGGACACGCUCAUCGUCCGGCUCGCGGUCGGGGGCUACUACCUCGGCCAGCUGGGCUUCUGGAUCGCAUGUACAAAUCCCUCCAUAUGUCCGAGUCCGUUCUUGCGCGUCCUCGUCCUGUCUAUCCUCAACCCGGGAUGCACGCUAGACGCCCUCCACCCUCUCUACAAGGCAACAACGCGCAGGGCUGAAUUCGGACACCCGCUCAAGAGGCUCUUCGUCUGCAGCCCCGCACACACGGGCCCAGAUUACUCCAUACGCGACUUCCACGGCGUCGAGUGGGUGUCCUUUUCCAGCACCGAUGUGGGCGCUCCCUGCCGCGAUCAUGUCCUGCGCCCCACGAAAACCGAGGAGGGUAGAACAGAAGACUUGGCCGGUCAGUUGCACGCUGAGCUACCAUCGUCCUCUCCGGCGUACGACACCGCCUGGGAGGCGUGUGCUACGGAAGGCCUGGUCGAAACGCACGCACGCAUGCGCAGUUGGUACAAGGGUUCGCCUCUAUGGUGA